GCGCUACAGCUACAGGCAUAUUUUAGCGUUGGAGAGGUGUGAAUUGUUUUUUUUUUCGGGAAUUCCACAAGUUAUCUGGAUACAACGAGCAUCGGCGACAUAAAGCAGAAGAUAUGUUCCCGAUGUCCGGUUAAAUCACCUAGCGCAGAUGUGAACUCAGUGCGCAGUAAAUAGAAUCAUCCUACGUGGCACAGAGUAUGAUGACGUGGACAACUGUGAGUCUCGUAUUCUUCCACCGAUAAGUGAGUGAGAGAGAGAGAGAGGAUCGUUUGUUGCUCUGUCUGGUGUAUUUGAUCUUCUUAUAAUUUAGAAGUUCCAUUAGAAACCAGUAAUCGAAAAUUGUGGAUGCAUGGAUCUUCUUCAUCUGGGAAAAGUGACGGCACGGAGUCUGUGGUCGAGAACGAAAUUACAGAAACGUUCUCUUUCUUCUUCUUCCCCUCUCAAACCCAACUGUUCGCGACGUAACUCUGAACGAACUCCACAAAACGGGGAUUCCAACGACGACAAUAGCAAAGGUGACAGGUUCUCAACAGACUGGGACAAAGCUUGGUCUAGCUUCAAGAAGCGGGGGAAGAAGACUUUCUUCUCACAGUUCAAUCCAGAUAAGUAUGUGAGCUGGAACCCAAGGCGUUCCAACUACCCACUGUCUGAGGAAGUUGAUCCCAUCAAGAGAACUGAGAGGUCAAACCUCAUGUUAUGGACGAGCCCAAGCUUCACUCUGGCAGGGGCCAUUGUUGUGGUAUCUUUGCUCCUUAUCUACACACUUCUAGCUCCAGUCAAGUGAUUUCACCUGGAUAUCAGAGAACAAAGCCCUGUACUGUAAGGAUUAAUAUAAUGUUUCUCAUAAAAUGGUUGAAGGGGCUGUUCAUAAAUUUUAUGCGGAAUGGAGCAGCUUCUUCUGUUUUUUCUUUUUUGUUCUCUCCAUGUAACAAUUCGCUUCUCCCUAUUGAACCCUAGCAAGUUGAAGACAUACAUGCUUCAGGUUCAUGUUGGUUAACUUGAAUAUUAGUGCUAUAUAAUAAGGGUACAUAUGAUGCCCCCUACACUUGA